CAGAAGGAAAGGCACGUGACUUAUUCCACUCGAAAUCGAAAGUUUCCUACAUUGAAUUACAAGCUGAUAGUUUCCUGCAUCGACGGAGAAAACAAGAAAACUCCCAAGAUGAGCGCUGCAGCUAAAAUAAAGUGUUAUAAUCUGAGGGAUACGACGAUCCUCUUUGUGAAUGAAGAGGAUCAGUUUGACUUUUUAUGUGAAGGUUUUGCAUCUCCAAGAGCUCGGAUGUCCUGUGGACAUGUGGUGACCCCGAUGUCUCUCACAAAGUGGUGCAAACAUUUGAUGGAAAAGGGCGAAAGCAGGUUUGUUUGCGGUCAGUCUGGCUGUGAUGCUGUAUGGACUUACGAAGAGGUCUGUAAAAUGGCCCUCCUGACUCCUGAAGAAAGGAAAUACUUCGAGGAAACCAUGGCCCAGAACGCUGCUGCUAGAAAUCCUAACUCCAAGUUUUGUCCUGGAUGCAUGUCUCCUGUGACCAGAGGGAGCAGCUUAAACCUUUACGUUCACUGCAAAGUGUGCUCAGCAAAAACAGGAUGCAUCUUUGCAUUCUGCUGGCAGUGUUUGAGGGAGUGGAAAGGUAAACAGCCCCGAUCCGACCGCUGUGAAAAUGAUGAUUGCCACAAUUCUGCCCUGAAAACCCUGAGAGAGUGUCCAGAAAUCCAAAUUCAGACUGAGGAUGGAGCCAAAGGGUGUCCGUCUGUCCGUGCCUGUCCAACCUGUGGCUCACUGAUCCAGCACACCGGGAUAGGAUGUGAAAAUGUUUCAUGUCCUCGAUGUCACAUGGAAUUUUGUUUUAGCUGCCUAAAGAGCACUAAUGAAUGUGAUGCAGCAAUGUUCUGCAGCGGCAUUGCUCCUAGACAGAAAUCUAUACCUGUGUGGCACACAGAGUCUUAUUAGGAUUUUGUUCUUUACAGUUUCCCUGAAGUUAAAGCUGGGACACACACUGAUGUUUAACUAAUUUAUUUCAAUAAUAAGGAGCUGUUCUGUGUUAUUUGAUAUUUCUUUUAUGGUAUUUGCCUCUUGUAAUCCUGUACUAUUAAAUUAU